UAACAUAUCUUAUCCAGAGCGUGAGGAUGAUGAUGACCCAUUUGCAAGCAUCUCCUACGAAAAUAGCCAAGUAAACCACACCGUCUGACCAACAACCUUAUCUUCUAUCUCUUUUUCUCUCUCAAUCUCUCUCUCUCUCUCUCUCUCUCUUUCUCUGUGUCCCUGUUAAUUAUUCCAACAGCCACUGAUGAUAUUUGCCUUUUCCUAGAUUUUCUAGUUUUUGACUCCUAAUGGCAGCCAUUAUCCCCUGCCACUACUGUACUACUUCUCCAGCUACCACCAGAUUGUUUAGACCUCUCAUACCCACCAAUCGUGUUCGCUUCCCUAAUGCUCCCACCCAUUCUUUCUUCCGGCGGUUUGGAACCCGGUGUUCUUCACAAAACCCACAUCCAUUUGACCUCCAGAACAAGCAGAAAGGGAGAUCAUUUUCCUUGAAGCAGUGUGCGGUGUCUAUUGCGUUGGCAGUUGGAUUAAUAACAGGAGUACCUGGAUUCAAUUGGUCUAGUAAUGCCUAUGCUGCUGAACCUGUAUUUUCUGAUCUGUCUGUGUUAAUUUCUGGACCGCCAAUAAAGGACCCUGGGGCAUUGUUGAGAUACGCUCUGCCUAUUAACAAUAAGGCAAUCAGGGAAGUACAGAAACCACUUGAAGAUAUCACAGAGAGUCUCAAGGUGGCUGGAGUCAAGGCACUUGAUUCCGUUGAGAGGAAUAUAAGGCAGGCUUCUCGAUCCCUCAAGCAGGGGAAGACUUUAAUUAUAUCAGGUUUAGCUGAAUCAAAGAAGGAAGAUGGUGUUGCACUUCUUGACAAGCUAGAAGUUGGAAUUGAAGAGCUCCAACAAAUUGUGGAGGAUAGAAAUAGAGAUGCAGUUGCACCCAAACAAAAGGAGCUACUUCAGUAUGUUGGAGGUGUUGAAGAGGAUAUGGUGGAUGGCUUUCCUUAUGAAGUGCCUGAAGAGUACCAAAGCAUGCCUCUAUUGAAGGGGAGAGCUGCUGUGGAUAUGAAGGUCAAGGUUAAGGACAAUCCUAACGUGGAUGAAUGCGUCUUCCAUAUAGUUCUAGAUGGUUAUAAUGCCCCUGUAACUGCUGGGAAUUUUGUGGACUUGGUGGAAAGACACUUCUAUGAUGGCAUGGAAAUCCAAAGAGCUGAUGGUUUUGUUGUUCAAACUGGCGAUCCUCAAGGCCCUGCUGAGGGUUUCAUUGAUCCAAGUACUGAAAAGACCAGAACAAUACCAUUAGAAAUCAUGGUGGAAGGGGAGAAAGCACCUGUAUAUGGAGCAACAUUAGAAGAGCUUGGUCUGUACAAGGCUCAAACAAAGCUUCCAUUUAAUGCAUUUGGAACAAUGGCCAUGGCCAGAGAUGAAUUUGAGAACAAUUCGGCUUCUAGCCAGGUAUUUUGGCUACUGAAAGAGAGUGAAUUAACUCCCAGCAAUGCCAAUAUAUUGGAUGGUCGAUAUGCAGUGUUUGGUUAUGUGACAGAAAAUGAGGAUUUGUUGGCGGAUCUCAAGGUUGGUGAUGUGAUGGAGUCUAUCCAAGUAGUCUCUGGCCUGGAUAAUCUAGUGAAUCCUAGCUAUAAAAUUGCGGGCUGAGGAGCUUUCUCUGCAAUACAAGAGAGGUCACUGGAAAGUUUGUAUCAUUGGUUCGGGGAUUCAAUAAUUAGUGAAAGAGAAUUGCUGCAUUUCUUCGGGGAACUGUAUUCUUUUAAGACCUUACCCACUUUCAUAUCUUUCAUAGUUCUUGUAUUUACAUUGUAUCUGAUCAGAUUGGACAUUUCCAUCACUUUAAUAACACUUGCUAUAUGAUUUUGUUUGUUUUUUA